AUGGAGGGCUACUACCAGACAAACCAGCUGCCUCCCCCGGAGGAACAGCAGCAAUCGCACCCGCAGCCCGGCGUUUUAGCCAUGUCGAUCCCAGAGUUUCAGCAGUCCCAGCAGCUGCAACCCGCGCUGGGGAACCACAUGAUUGCCGACCAGGCUGCUGUACCCAUCAACCACAUGGACGAUGCGAUGCGCCACCACGACAUCCAGAGACGAAGAAGCAUGCCCCCGGCCCACGGAAACGCCAUGGCCUCCGCGCCACAGGACCUUCCUCCUCGCCGCAUGUCGACUAUUGGCCCUAGGGAUAUGAUGGGAUUUGAUACCAGAGCACCCGAUUUCAGCGGCUAUCAGUUUGACCCGGAAAUCCCCCCCAACUUCCCCGAUGUCAGCGCCAGCAUCGGCAUGCAAGAUCAGAUGGGCAGUUAUGUGACGGAUACCGGCAGCUUCCAGGCCAUGUCCCAGGAUAUCAUGGGUACUAUGAUGCCAACUCAAUUCGCGAGCAUGGACAUGGGAGGGAUGGCAGCCGAACCUUCGACCAUUGAUCUUUUCCCUGGUACUGGCGGCCAAGUUUCAGGCCUGACUGCUUCGCCUAUUGCUGCCCAGCUGAACACAGGGCAGUUUGCGCCGGCACCGGGCAAUGAUGGCUUUGCCAUCACUGGAGAUCCCAACAGUGCAUCGCUAGGAGUUCGCUCAAAUAAUGGCCCCGAAGGCAUGGCCGUAGGGCGCGACGAAGAUAUGAUAAACGCCCCCCUCCAACAGUUCGCACCGUUAGAUGCUGGCCCCUCUCACAUAAACGUUGACUCUGGCAUGAGAGGGUUUGCGCCAAACAUGCCCUCUUCCCUGCCUGGCCCUCUACCAGUUAUACCCACCGAGCAAAAUGCUUCGCCAAUGGACAUGGCUCAGCCAAGCUCUGGCGGUGUAACCCCCAUGCCAAUUUCGACUCCCAGAGACCAAUCAAAAGAAAGAACCAUUUACUCCAAGAGUGGUUUCGAUAUGCUGAAAGCGCUGUGGCUAGUUGCGACUCGGAAGAACCCUAAAAUCCACCUGGGCGCUGUCGAUAUGUCCUGUGCCUUUGUCGUUUGUGAUGUUACGAUGAAUGAUUGCCCCAUUAUCUACGUAUCUGAUAAUUUCCAGAAUCUCACUGGAUACAGCCGCCAUGAGAUUAUUGGACAAAACUGUCGCUUCCUUCAGGCGCCCGAUGGAAAGGUUGAAGCGGGAUCAAAGCGAGAGUUUGUGGACGACGGAGCCGUAUUUAACCUCAAAAGAAUGAUAAAGGAGGGCCGCGAGGUACAACAGAGCUUAAUCAACUACCGCAAGGGAGGAAAGCCCUUUCUCAAUCUUUUGACGAUGAUACCCAUUCCCUGGGAUACUGAUGAAAUAAGAUAUUUCAUCGGCUUUCAAAUCGAUCUAGUUGAAUGCCCUGACGCCAUCUCUGGUCAAGAAAUGGGAGGCGUCAAGGUGAACUAUAAGCACAGCGAUAUUGGCCAAUAUAUAUGGACUCCGCCGCCAUCUAAUCAUUUGGAACCCGAGAACGGUCAGACACUUGGAGUGGAUGAUAUUUCCACCCUCCUCCAGCAGUAUAACCCGAACGGGCUCGUUUCGGAUUGGCAUAAACAGUCAUGGGAUAAGAUGCUUCUCGAAAACGCCGACGAUGUAGUCCAUGUUAUAUCACUUAAAGGGCUCUUCCUUUAUCUAUCACCUUCUUGCAAGCGCAUUCUCGAAUAUGAUGCCGCUGACCUGGUUGGGAAUUCCUUGUCCUCCGUUUGUCAUCCUUCAGACAUUGUUCCCGUCACACGGGAGCUGAAAGACGCAACGGCGGGCACUCAUGUUAAUAUUGUUUUCCGAAUACGGCGCAAACAAAGUGGAUAUACGUGGUUCGAAAGUCACGGGUCCCUAUUCGUCGACCAGGGCAGAGGGCGCAAAUGCAUCAUCUUGGUCGGCAGGAAACGGCCUGUCUUUGCUCUUGGUAGGCGUAUUUUGGAAGCUAAUGGUGGCAUUGGUGACAGCGAACUCUGGAGCAAGCUGUCUACAUCUGGCAUGUUUCUCUCAACUUCGACAAAUAUUAGGUCACUUUUGGACCUACAGCCUGAGUCCUUGAUUGGGACAAGCAUUCAGGAAUUGAUGCGCAAAGAGUCACGAGCUGAAUUCGGACGCACGAUUGAAAAAGCGAGAAGAGGGAAAAUUUCCACUUGCAAGCAUGAAAUGCUUAAUCGGCGGGGCCAGGGACUCCAAGCUCAAACCACUCUAUAUCCCGGGGAUGCUUUGGAGGGUCAAAAGCCAUCUUUCCUUCUGGCCCAAACAAAGCUUCUGAAAGCAUCAUCUCGCCAUAUUCCUUCGACUCUAACCGCGGGCAGCUCACUAUUCGUCGCCAACCCUCUGCACAACCAGGGGACGGGCCAUAGCGGCCAGGUUUCACAGCCAGCAGGCGGAGCGAUCCCACCUGGAUCUCAAGAUGCCGCACUUGCGUCUGACGACAACAUCUUCGACGAACUGAGGACGACAAAAUGCUCAAGCUGGCAAUUUGAGCUUCGACAAAUGGAAAAAAUCAAUCGAAUCUUGGCGGAGGAGCUUGGCGGCUUGCUAUCAAACAAAAAGAAACGGAAGAGAAGAAAGGGGGUUGGAAAUGUAGUUCGCGACUGCGCCAACUGCCAUACUCGAAAUACUCCAGAAUGGCGGAGGGGGCCGAGUGGACAGCGAGAUCUGUGCAAUAGCUGCGGUCUACGCUGGGCUAAACAGACCGGAAGGGUAUCCCCACGCAACUCUACGCGGGGUGGCCAUAGUGGAAACACUGAUUCCCAGAGCAAGAAAUCAACAUCCCCAAUUCACUCUUCGCCGUUGCAUAGGAGUGAAACUCCAAAUCCGGCCCUCAGCAACGGCGAAAGCAACCUUGACCCGGCGCAACUCGCAAUUAAGAUGGCUGCAGCUGCAGCCCCUAUCAGCACAGGCUCAGUAGCAGGACAACACCCCACCUCAGCAAUGCCACCUCCAAGCCAAUCAUCUUUAGCUACUGGCACCAUCAGCUCAGGAAUGGCUUCGAUACGAGAAGAGCGAGAAAGUAGCCAGAAUUGA